GAAAAUAAUAAAAACAAAAACCGCGCGAAAUUCGGCAUUUAAAAUCCACACAUAAAAAAUGUAAUGGAAAGCAUUAGUGCUCAUAAAAAAUGGAUUUUUACAGCCUUUUUAAGGCUGUCCUGAUCCUGUAUGUCAUACAAGUUGAAACAAGCCACAUUGUAAAUGGACUGGAUCUGCAGGGACCGAUAUUUCUUCAUGAGCCCCCGCAUCGCGUCGAGUUCUCCAACAAUUCGGGUGGACUCAUAGAAUGUUCUGGCCAUGGCAGUCCCCCACCGGAGGUGGAAUGGACACCCAUACCACCGCAACAGGAUAUGGUCUUUCAACUAUCCAAUGGCAGCAUGAUGUUCUAUCCUUUCACAGCUGAGAAAUAUCGUCAUGAAGUCCAUGCCACUGUCUACAGAUGUAAAUUAAGAAAUCUGGUUGGCACUGUGCUCAGUCGAGAGGUUCAUGUACGUGGCGUUGUCAACCAAAAGUAUACGGUGCAGGUCCACGAUGAAUACGUGAUGACAGGCAACACGGCAGUCCUCAAGUGUCAGGUGCCCAGCUACAUGUCGGAAUUUGUAAUGGUCACCGCCUGGGUACAGGACACCGGCAUGCAUCUGUAUCCAAACACUGAUAUUGGCGGCAAGUACACGGUGCUAUCGAAUGGCGAAUUGUACAUAAAUAAUGCGGGACCCAAUGAUGCGUACAAAAGCUACACAUGCCGCACUGUAAAUAAACUGACAACUGAAAUACAAAUUUCCACAUAUCCUGGCCGCAUUAUUGUAACGGAGCCCAAGGGCAUGGUACAGCCGCGCAUCAACGUGGAGAAGCAUUCGAUGCGGCAUGUUGUCCUUAAUGGCCAAACAACGUUGCCGUGCAUAGCUCAAGGACAUCCGGUGCCAACAUAUCGUUGGUUCAAGGAGGAGAAUGAGCAGCUGCUGCCAUUGCAAUUGAGUGAACGCAUCACCAUCGUCUCGGCGGGUUUGCUCAAAAUCACCAAGGCUCGUCUCGAGGACAGUGGAAAAUAUUUGUGCUGGGUGAACAAUACGGCUGGCGAGGAGACCAUUCAAGUGUCCCUAACGGUGACAGCUCCCUUGACCGCCCAUCUACAGCCACAGGUGCAGACCGUCGAUGUCGAUAAGGAUGCGCAAUUUCAAUGUAUUGUCUCGGGUCAUCCGGUUCAUGAUGUGAAUUGGCUGCAUGACGGCAAGCCCAUACUGAGAGAUAAUCGAGUCGAGAUUUUAACUGAUCCGCCACGGUUGAUUAUAAAAAAAGUGCAAAAGGAGGAUCCGGGCAUGUAUCAAUGUUUCGUUUCAAAUGAAUGGGAGCAAAUUCAAUCAACAGCUGAACUUCAAUUGGGCGAUGCUUCCCCGGAACUGCUUUAUUGGUUUUCGGAGCAAACGUUGCAGCCUGGACCGACGGUAUCACUGAAAUGCGUUGCCACCGGAAAUCCAUUGCCUCAAUUUACAUGGUCCUUGGACGGAUUUCCGAUACCAGACAACUCACGCUUUUUAGUGGGUCAAUAUGUUACCAUUCAUGACGAUGUCAUCAGCCAUGUGAAUAUAUCAAAUGUCAAGGAGGAGGAUGGCGGAGAAUAUACCUGCACGGCCCAGAAUGCAAUUGGCAAGGUUUCGCAUAGCGCCAAAGUGAACAUCUAUGGAUUGCCUUACAUACGCGAAAUGCCAAAAAUAACUGGAAUCUCUGGCUCUGAUUUGAUUGUAAAAUGUCCUGUGGCUGGUUAUCCCAUCGAUAAAAUCCAUUGGGAAAGAGAUGGGCAAACGUUGCCCAUAAAUCGACGACAGCGCGCCUAUAACAAUGGCACCUUAAUUAUCGAGCAACUGCAGCGUCUGGAGGAUGCUGGCACGUACACGUGCAUGGCCCAAAAUAAACAGAAGCAGACCUCAAGGCGCAAUGUGGAGAUUCAAGUGUUGGUGCCACCAAAAAUUAUGCCCAUACAGGCAAUGACCAAUAUGCUGCGUGAAGGUAUGCGAGCGGCCAUCUCCUGUCAGAUAUUGGAGGGCGAUCUGCCAGUCAGUUUUCGAUGGGAACGCAAUGGCAAGCCACUAAUAGGCACGGGCAAUGAAGUCUUUCGUCGUUUAGAUGAAUACUCAGCCAGUUUGGUUAUUGAGCACAUUGCAUCGGAUCAUUCGGGAAAUUAUACUUGUAUUGCCAGCAAUGUGGCUGGUACAGAACGUUUUACGGUACCAUUGACUGUUAAUGUGCCACCGAAAUGGAUAUUGGAGCCAAAGGAUUCCAGUGCCCAGGCUGGAGCUGAUGUUCUAUUGCAUUGCCAAUCGGCUGGCUAUCCCAAGCCCACCAUCACCUGGAAGAAGGCGAUUGGACCAACGCCAGGCGAAUAUAAAGAUUUUCUCUAUGAGCCCACCGUUCAACUAUUUCCCAAUGGCACCAUCUACUUUAAGAAGAUCAGCAAAGAGUCUCAAGGACAUUUUCUGUGCGAGGCAAAGAACAACAUUGGCUCUGGUGUUAGCAAAGUUAUCUUUCUGAAAGUGAAUGUGCCUGCCCAUUUUCAAACGAAAACGAAACAAAUCUCCGUGGCCAAGGGCAAACAGGUGCAUGUUCAAUGCAAUGUACAAGGCGAUAAUCCCAUUGACUUUAAAUGGAAAAUUCAGGCAACGCAACAAUAUCUUGAUGAGUCGCUGGAUUCACGCUACACAAUAAGAGAUCAAGUGCUCGACGAUGGCAUGGUCUCCGAAUUGGGCAUCUCGCAUACAUAUCGCCAGGAUACGGGCAUUUAUAUCUGUCAGGCAAGCAAUGCAUUCGGACAGGAUGAAAUGUCCAUACAGCUAAUCGUUCAGGAGGUACCAGAACAGCCAAAGAACCUUCGCAUCAAUUCACAGCAAUCGCGUAGCUUACAAUUGACCUGGAGCCAACCAUUUGCUGGCAACAGUCCAAUCGAAGAGUAUCACAUUUAUUAUAAACAAAUUUCUGACAUUUGGCAGAAUUCCGAGCACAUUACCAUCACCGGUGGCCAGACAGUGGUCAAUAUCCAACAGCUGCGACCAGCAAAAGCCUAUCAUUUACGGAUGUCGGCUGAAAAUAAACUGGGAGCAUCCGAAUUCUCUGAAGUGGUACAAGUAACAACAUUGGAGGAGGUGCCAUCUGGGCCACCGUUGACUGUGCGUGCCGAGGCGAAGAGUUCAACAGAGAUUUCGGUCACUUGGGAUGCACCGGAACGUGACCAUUGGAAUGGCAUAUUACUUGGCUACUAUGUUGGAUAUCAAAUGUCGCUAACUCCCGAGGAUAAAGAGGUUAAUCCCACUCAGGGCUUUAGCUUCAAGACCGUUGAAGUGCGCUCACAUUUCGGUGGCGAGACGGUGUUGAGCAAUCUCAACAAGUUUACCCAAUACCAUGUGAUUGUUCAGGCCUAUACCAGUCAAGGCAGUGGUCCUCCAAGCAAGGAAAUUGCCGUGCAAACAAUGGAAGAUGUUCCCUCAUCGCCACCAGAAUCGCCGCAAUGCGAUGUCCUGGGCUCCACAUCGAUUUAUAUCACCUGGUCACCGCCGGACAUCGAUGGGCAAAAUGGCAAAAUCAAGGGCUACAAAGUGUUUUACAUAUCGGUCGACGAGCUUUAUGAAACCGAUCCGGAGGUUGUCAAGUCAACAAAUCAAUACGUCACCAUCGAGAAUCUGCGCAAAUACACCAACUACACGGUCUGGGUUUUGGCUUACACCAAAGUAGGCGAUGGCAUGAAAACCAAACCGUUUUAUUGCCGCACCCACGAGGAUGUGCCCUCGGCGCCGCAAGCAAUCAAGGCAAUACCCGCGUCGAGCACGAAAAUCAUAAUAUCCUGGCUGCCGCCCGACUUGCCCAACGGUGACAUCACUGGCUACACCUUUUAUAUGUCCAUGCUGGAGGGUGGCCGCGAGGAGGGAACACACAAACGUCUACUUGGUCCCUAUGUGGAAAUGCAUGAGACUGUCCGCACCCAAGAGUCGGCGACAUAUCAAUUCUGGUUGACUGCCUCCACCAAAAUGGGUGAGGGCGAGAAGACCCAAGUGGUGACAGUGCCGCCCAACAAUAAGGUACCAGCGCGCAUUGUAUCGUUCAGUCAACGCAUUGUCACACCCUGGAAAGAGCACUUAGAGCUGCCGUGUCGUAAAGUGGGUGCACCGGCACCAGUCACCAUUUGGCGUCAGGAUGGCCAUAAUAUGGAGACAAGUGCUAGAAAGACCAUAGCCAAGAAUGGUACACUCUAUAUGAAGGAGUGCCAGGCCAGCGAUGCGGGUAAUUACACAUGCAGUGUGGAGAACACUUGGGGCAAGGAUGAGAUCGUUUAUAAUAUUGUGGUUAAAGUGCCACCAGAGGCUCCCAAUUUGACGGUUAUUAAUUCCUAUACAGAUAGCCUCCACCUCGAAUGGCUGGACAAUAGUCAUGGUGGUAGUCCAAUAUUGGGAUAUGUCAUUAACUAUAAACGCGAUAAUGGCGAUUGGGAGGAACUGCAAGUGGAUGCCAAAACGAAUUCCCAUCUAUUGACAAAUUUAUGGUGUGGCACACGUUAUCAAUUGUAUAUCACGGCAUUCAAUAAAAUCGGCACUGGCCUUCCGUGUGACAUUGUUAACUCCUAUACCAAGGGCAAUCCACCCGUACAGCCGAAGCACUCGCAAAUGAUUACCAAUAACUCGACCAGUGUCACCUGUUGGCUUGACUCUUGGGGCGAUGGCGGUUGUGGCAUAUUAUAUUUUAUGAUCGAAUCCCGUGUCUAUGGCCGAUCAUCAUGGAAUGUGGUCUCCAAUCAUAUACCGCCCACAGAGCGUAUCUAUACGGUUAGUGAUCUAGUUCCUGGCACCAAAUACCAACUGAAAGUGACUGCCCACAAUAAUGCGGGAUCGACAACAGCCAUUUAUAAUUUCACAACGCUUUCCCCUCAAGGAGUUUUGUAUAACAACGAUCAUUCGACACCUGUUUCGCAUCUCAGCGAUUUACCAUUCUAUGCGAAUUUCAAACUCUUGUUACCCAUUUGCCUAUCCCUGCUUAUGCUCUUGGCCCUAAUUGCAGCGGCUCUGUUUCUUAGAAAACGAAAACUAAACAAUCAGGCACGUUUAGCCAGCUCAUCCAUGUCGGAGUCACCAUCAUUGGCCAAUUUGCAGAAUAAACAAAAUCGGGAUCAGCAAUAUUUGGCUGUACGUUGUAAUCCUGGCAGCUCAGCGCCACGUGGCUCCAAUUCAAAUGAUUCUGGUAGCUUUGGCAAGGCUGAGGGCAAUGAAUAUAUCGAGGAUAUUUGUCCAUAUGCCACAUUCCAAUUGAACAAGCAAACAUAUAGCGAGAGCUCAUAUAGCGGCAAUGUCUAUAGUGGGCCAUAUCAUUCAGUGCGUGGAUCCUUUGUCUAUCAUGAUGUCAAGCCAGAGAGCUAUCAUUCCAAGGAACCGGAAUAUACAAAAGUACGACGAAAAGUCGGCCGACUACGUGAUCCACAUUCCGAGAGUCAAGAAUCGGACAAUCCAGGUUCAACAGAUUCCGAAGUUAGGAAAAUCCUAACACUUCACAUACCAAUUACAGAAUAUGACACACUCGGCUCCGAGUCCGACAAUGAUGUGUCUGCACGCGCUCUUAACUCGGCCAAAUAUCGCGCCCAACGGGAUACACAAGAUGAGACAUCUUCCUCAUCGGAGACAACACCCACUAGCAUGACCAGGAAAUCGAAACCACCGUUUGCCGCACGUAAAGCGGGGAAACCCGGAACCAGCGGCAAACAGCGUCAUGUCCGAAGUUCCAGUGGCUAUUCAAGUCACAAUGAAGAGACUACUUUUAGCAUAUCCAACUAUCCACCAAACUAUCAGGACCACAUAAAUCCACCAGCUCGUUUUUCGGAUGCCAACGAGAAGACAAAGACCCAAACGUCGCCACGAAUGCGUGCCAAUCAGAAAUUACAGCGUGAAGCAUUUCAAAUAAAUGUCUAAAAUAUUAAAAAAAAAAAAACUAAAAAAUAACAAAAAAAAUACACA